AUGAUUUCAAAUCAAUCAAUUGACCCUGGCACGAAAAACUGGCCCGAAAACGAUUUUCUGCUGCCCGAAAUUGAUAGCCAUUCGUCAUUGGUUGAUAAACCAGAGAACACCUCGACAGAGGAAUUCAACGAAUUUCUUGCAGGGGACAACACUUUAUGCAUUGUCGGAUACGUUGAUUCCAUUAUUGGAACUAAAACUGUCGGCCGUGAACGCAGUUUGAAUCUAUUCAAAUUUACUAUGAACAAUGCAGAUAGCUGUGGAGUUACUGUUCCAAUUUGGGAGGAUCAAAUUAGUAAAUAUACAUCACUCGUCAAAUUUUGUGAAAUAAUUCAAAUGAUGAUUGUCAAAUCAUUACCUCUGGAUCGUCUGUAUGAUAAACGUGAGGAAGGAUUUGUAAAUUCUGAUUUAUCCGUACAACGUAACACGGUUCUUAAUUUUUUCGGCCUGGCAAGCGAACCUUUUAUUUGGCCCGAAAAAUUGAUGCAAUCAAACUAA